CGACGACAGUACCGUGUUUCAGUACCUUCGUCGGAACGGGAAAGAAAGAGACCCAUUUCAAUCGUCUGUUUCAUCCUUCUCUGCUCCGUUUGUGGGUGGGCGAGAGAGUAUCGGAACGAGAAAGAAAGAGACCCAUCUUAUUUUCAACUUCAUCCUUCAUCUUCUCCAUUUGUGUGGGUGGGUGAGAUAGAGAGAGAGAUGACUCUGGGACUGAUCAAUGCGAACCCAGUGGUUCACGCCAAGAAGGAGAGGGUCGCUCGGAGCGAAGACCCCCACGCCGACGACGCCGUCGAUCCCCUCGAGAUUUAUGAUCAUGUGAGGGACAUCCGAGAUCCCGAGCAUCCCUAUUCUCUGGAGCAGCUCAGUGUUCUCUCGGAGGAAUCCAUCACCGUCGAUGAGAAACUCGGGCGUAUCCUGAUCAUGUUUACUCCAACAAUCCAGCACUGCAGUAUGGUGACCGUCAUUGGACUGUGCUUGAGAGAGAAGCUCAAAGAUUGUUUCCCGCCACAUUUCAAGGUUGACAUCAAGGUCGCCCCAGGGUCUCAUGCAGAUGAAGAAUCAGGUGAUACUCAAUUCAUCCCGAUUGCAUUUUGACAUAUUGAAUAAGCAGUUGAACGACAAGGAAAGAGUCGCUGCUGCCCUGGAGAACCCUAACCUUCGCCAACUCGUGGACGAAUGCCUCUACUCCAGCGAACUUUGACGAGCACACGCCAUGCUUGCCCUAGAACCCUAGUGUAUAUAGAGAAAUCGGCAGUGAGCGCUUGAAAUAACAGUGAACCGAACUCUUUUUUGGGUGCACGAUCUGCUUGAUCUGCUAAUCCUAGUGGAUGAAACCCGAGGAAGGGCAUUCUCUAUUAGGAAUACAGUGUCUAGUAUGUACUUCUUAAGUCUCUGCAUAUGGUGUUUCUCCAUAAACACGUUUCUUCCCUCCUC